AUGUCACACACUCUGCUGGGCGGCUUUUGGGGCACGGUAAAGCUGAGACUUCCUGAGAAGCCAGCGCUGACUUCCUGGGCACGGCAGGAGAGGCAGCGGGCAGAGGUAGGCUCGGGGGGCACCACCAGGACAAACGGUGACCCCAGGGGAGGAAGGCAGCGGCCGCAGCUGGCACUGCAGGCGGUGGCCGGGGGGAAGCGGCUGCUCCGAUUUCCAGCGCUGUUUAUUAAUAACCCCUCUCCGCCCCAUGCUAAGCCCAUGUGCAGCGCAGAGCCGGCGGCGCUGGGCUCCAGGGGAGGAAGGGACCUGAUGGCACAGCCCGAGCCCCCUCCAGAGCUGCAGCUGGACAAAGCCAGAGCAUCCCCAGCCCCACAGGGAGCAGCUGAAGGAGCUGCUCCACACCCAGAACGUGCCCACAGCCCCUUGGAUCCAGCAGGGAACGGAUCUAAACCCCUGCACGGCGGCAGCCCAGACUCCAGGCCUGUCAGCAGAGAUCCCUCCUUGGAGAUAAGCACAGCAGGAACUCAGCUGGAUGAGGGGGCAGACGGGGCUGGGAUCCCGCUGGACGUGGAUGGAGAUGGGACAGGAAUCCCCCUGGACGUGGAUGGAGACGGGGUAGAGGUUCCACUGGACGUGGAUGAAGGUGGGACAGGGAUCCCAUUGGACGAGGAUGAAGAUGAAGGCGGGAUCCCAGUGGACAAGGAUACAUCAGGAAUUCUGGAUGUGGAUGAAGGUGGGACAGGGAUCCCACUGGCCAUGGAUGAAGGUGGGACAGGGAUCCCACUGGCCAUGGAUGAAGGUGGGACAGGAAUCCCACUGGCCAUGGAUGAAGGUGGGACAGGGAUCCCACUGGCCAUGGACACGGACAGAGCAGGGAUCCCAGACGACGCAGAUGGGGCAGGAAUCCCACUGGCCAUGGACACAGAGGGAGCAGGAGGCCCUCUGGACGCCCCAGAGCAGCGGUGCCUGAGCCUGGAGGAGCUGGGGAGUUACUUCCAGGAGUGCAUCGAGGUGGUGGAGCAGCUGGAGCGCGAGCGGGACCGGCUGAUCUCGGAGCUGGCGCAGCUGCGCGAGCCGGCGCUGCAGGAGAUCCGCCAUGCCCACGAGGAGAUCCAGGCCGCCUGCAGGCUGCUGGCCAAGGUGGAGCUGGAGAGGGACAACCUGCGCGACGAGAUCCGCCAGAUCAAGCAGAAGCUCUUCAAGGUGACCAAGGAGUGCGUGGCCUGCCAGUACCAGCUGGAGAGCAGGAGGCACGACCUCUCCCAGCACGCCGCCUACCAGGGCGAGCUGCAGAGCCAGGCGGGGCAGCUCUCGGGGGAGCUGUCCCAGCUCAAGGAGAGCUGCGAGAAGGAGAAGGAGGUUCUGAGGCAGCGCCUGGAGGCUCCUCCGUGCCGCCAGGACAACCUGUACCUGCAGGAGAGCCGCAGGCUGUCGCUGGAAUUUGAGAGCUUCGUGGCCCAGAGCCGGCGGGGGCUGGAGGAGCACUACGAGCCGCAGCUGCUGCGGCUGCUGGAGCGGCGUGAGGCCGGGGCCAAGGCUCUGCAGGAGAUGCAGGGGGAGAUCCAGGGCAUGAAGGAAGCCCUGAGGCCCCUGCAGGGCGAGGUCAGCCGGCUGAGGAUGCAGAACCGCAGCCUGGAGGAGCAGAUCGUGCUGGUCAAGCAGAAAAGGGACGAGGAGGUCGGGCAGUACCGGGAGCAGGUGGAGGAGCUGGAGGACAGGCUGAAGGAGCUCAAGAAUGGGGUCCAGCUCCAGCAACGCAAGAACCAGGAGCUGGAGGAGCUCAGGACCAGCCUCCAUCGGGAGCUCUCCAUCUACAAGAGCUGCUUAGAAAUCUACGGGCACCUCUGCAAAUCGGAGGAAAAAGCAGAGCAGGACUCUUAGAACCACAGAAUUUUCCUCUUUGUAGCAAAAACCAAUGGACAGAGGAUGCAAGGGAUUCUCCUCGUGCUGCUUUACCCUGCCUGAUGUGCAGCAGCUGCCUGGAGUUGGAAUUCCAAUCUUUGAAUUUCCAAUUUGAAGUUGAAUUUCCAAUCUUUUCCCUGGGUAUUUCCCCAGGUGCUGCUGCUGCUGCUCUUUGCUUUUCCCCAGAGGAGCAGAACAAAAAAAAAUAUCUUUGUACUGAACAAAGGAUAUGGAUGAGGAAUAACUGAUUGAUGUUUUGCUGUGUUUGGGAAAAUGUUGUCUUGUUCAAGUUCUGGGAGCUGGUGUUAGGAGGGGUUUGACUUUUAAAGUUUACAUGCAAGAGAAGCUUUCUCCUUUGAAGAGGAUUUUCUUUUGCAUUUCAAGUUUCUGCUGUACUGGGACAUGCUCCACAGAAAUGAGGUGGUGGGGAAGAGGUUUCCACUUUAUAUCGAGUCUCACACUGAAAAUAAAAGGUCAGAGUUUAA